AGAGAGCAGCCCUCAGCAACCCCAUUCACCUGCGCUCUCUCCUUCGCCUUCCCUCCUCUCUAUUUUGGCAGUUCUCCCGUUAGUUGUCAUUUUGCCGGUGGAAAGUUCGCUCGUUUGUUGUUGCCUGGAUGUGAAUGUGCAAUAUUGUUUAAGUUCUGGCAGCAAAUAAAACGCGGAACUAUAAUCCCUCAGGAUGUGGCCCGGCUCCGAGCGCGGGAGCUCUCGGGCCCUGGAAAACCCAACCAGUCAGCAAAACGCCGGCGGCAGUAGUCAGCAGGAGACCCUGGCUGAUAUAGAACACAUAUCCACCAUAGCCGGAUCCCUGGCCUCCAUUGGAUCCAUCUCGCACACCCAAAUGCGAUACCAAUGCACCAACGAUGCCGGCUAUGAUACGGAACACACCUCCCUAAACUCUGAUUUCGAUGAGGCCGAACUGCGUCGGGAGUUACUAAGAGAUAAAUGGAAGCUGCUCUUUGACAUGUUCGAUCCCGAGGGGUUCGGCGAAAUAUCCGUCGAGGAGUUCCUGGUGGCCCUGAGGUCGCCGGAGUUCCUGUCCCAAGUGCCUAUGAACAAGCGGGAGCUUCUUCUGGAGCGGACCAAGAAGGCGAAGCUGCCCACCGGACCCGGCUACGUGACGUUCCAGGACUUUGUGAAUGUGAUGAGCGGCAAGCGGACUCGUAGCUUCAAAUGCGCCGUACAUCACCGAGAUCGAGAAGUCUGCUCUGAGAACGAUUUCCAGUUGGUGCUCAACGAACCGCCACUCUUCCGGAAAAUGGUGCACGCCGUGGCCAUGGAGAUCCUCCCAGAGGAGCGGGAUCGCAAGUACUACGCCGAUCGCUACACCUGCUGUCCGCCGCCCUUUUUCAUCAUCCUGGUCACUGUAGUGGAGCUCGGUUUCUUUGUGUAUCACUCUGUGGUCACAGGUGGGACUGCUCCAAGGGGACCCAUACCUUCGGACUCCAUGUUCAUCUACCGCCCGGAUAAGCGGCACGAGAUCUGGCGCUUCCUCUUCUACAUGGUGCUCCAUGCCGGGUGGCUCCAUCUGGGAUUCAAUGUGGCCGUGCAGCUGGUUUUCGGCCUGCCAUUGGAGAUGGUCCACGGUUCCACGAGGAUCGCCUGCAUAUACUUUUCCGGAGUGUUGGCGGGAAGUCUGGGCACAAGCAUCUUCGACCCGGACGUGUUUCUCGUGGGCGCCAGUGGAGGAGUCUACGCUCUUCUGGCCGCCCAUCUGGCCAAUGUCCUGCUCAACUAUCACCAGAUGCGCUAUGGAGUCAUUAGGUUGCUUCACAUUCUGAUUUUCGUUUCCUUUGACUUUGGCUUCGCCAUAUAUGCUCGUUACGCUGGCGAUGAGCUGCAGCUGGGAUCUUCGAGUGAGUUCGUGGCCAUAGAUCAGUCGGAAACAGUGGUGGCCGUUUCGUAUGUGGCUCAUUUGGCAGGAGCCAUAGCUGGCCUAACCAUCGGUCUGCUGGUCCUUAAGAGCUUUGAGCAGAAGCUCCACGAGCAGCUGCUCUGGUGGAUCGCCUUGGGGACCUACUCGGCGCUGGUGGUCUUUGCCAUUGCCUUCAACAUUAUGAACGGAUUUGCUAUGUUCAACAUUCGCGUGGAGAAGAUCCGGGUGACGGAGACGUAUUUCAAUGACUUCCAGGUGUGAAGUGGCAGGAGGAUUUGUUAAAGGAUAACCAAAAUUCAUACCUUUUUUCGUAUUUAAUUGAUAUUUUGCUUACAUUUUGUUCAUUGCGUUCCGUUGAAGUUUUUUAUUGUUUUCGGACGUCAAUUAAGUUUCGCGUUUAUUGUUUUGUUAGCGCAGUAUCUGUAGGAUCAGAUAUGUAUAUCAUUAUAUGCUUACGUGUCAUUCGGCGUAAAUUAUUUCGUUUUGUUUGCUAGUUAAGUACAAACAUAUUGUAAGAAUCGUAAGAGAAUAUUUACAACAAAUCGAACUGAUUAGGUGUAACAUAAUGCUCAAGGAAAUUCACAUUUUCUAUAUUUACUUAAAUAUAACUGCCAGAAUCAGAAGACUUUAUUUAGGAGCUAAGCAUAACUCUCGACUAGAAGCUGUACAAUACAAAUAAAAAAUAUAUAUGCUUGGAGAGCUGUAUGGAAACCGA